GCCGGCAGACCCCUUCUACCGGUCGACACCGGAUCAUCUGAUCAGUCCAGGUUUCAGUUUGGACUACUCUAGGCCUGAAUCUUCCGGAACCUGCGGACAACUGUUAGAUCAUUCCAGAUCAACGGCCAGGAAAUCGUUGUUGUUGACUUUGACUUCUCGGAUCUUGGCUUUGGUCCACGAUUUGACAAUUGACUCUUCGGUCAACUGUCAGCUUGGGCCCUUCUCAAGGACUCUUUGAGCCCUCUUUUCAAGGCCUGCCCGUGUGUAUCAGUCUGUGGGCACGUCGGGGAGCCCAACGGCCCAAUUUGGCACACGAGUUACAGCAAACCAGAUGGUCCCUCAUAUGUCAUUCGCAUCCCUGGUCAUCUACGCACACACCCUGGUUUUCACGCAUCCAAGUUAGCACCUUUUGCUGUUCACAACAGUUUCCCUCCAGGCAAUCAAUGCUGCCCCCAACCAUGGACGGACAUGUGGACAUUGACGACAUUGUUGAGCACAAGCUGAUGCCUGUGCCCAAGCUUCCAGGCAGGGGAUGCCCUCCAAAACCACAGAUGCAAUAUCGAGUGCGGUUCCGGCAUCAUACAGAUCCUGAAGAAGAUUGGUGGUUUACAAAAGAGGAGUUAAUGAAGACUGCUCCCCAGAUUAUCUCCAAUACCACAGCAAAACUACUGGAGGAAAACAAUCAAGCAAUACAACAAGUGACACUGAACCUGAACAGCUGCAAGUUGCAAGAGAACACGGAGUUGCUGGUGAAGGUUAGAGAUAAUAUUCUGGCAAUACUUAAGGGGCUGAAGGGUGUUCCAGGGAUUAUGAAGGAGAUGCCACCGCUGCCGCCUCUCGGUCAGCUGUCAGAUCGUCAGAGUCAGUUGAACCGUCUGCUGGUAAAUUGUUAGGUCAGUAAUCGGUCAGGCUUGCCUACAAUCAUUUUCUGUAGAUCCGCAUGUUUGCCGUGGUUCCAGGUUCUCUCGGUGCAAUAGACAGACAUGUAUGAAGGAGAGCUGGUUCUUAUUCAUUAUACGAAAGAGAGUUUGGCAUGAACCAGUAUGGCACGUGUGUCCGUAUACAUUGCUUUCCACAGUAUGCGUAUAAAUUGGUUUCCACAGUAUGCAUAUGGCGAUGCGCCUGCCAGUUUGUUAUUCUGGUCUGAGAUCUGUGCGAUCGGUAGAUCAUAUCCUUCUCUGUCUGGAUUUUGCAUGAUGAUGAUGACGACGGAUGAGUUAUUGGGCUUCGCUCCGCUACUCAACAUGGACUGGAAUGAAGACCAGAUACACUUGGAUUGAUCGCAAAUUUUGAAUGUACCGGACCUCUAACAGGUGCAGCUAUGCUUACUAUGCUGUGUGGUCGUGCGGGCCCAUUGUGACUGUUAUGUGGGUUUACGGUGGGGGUAGAAUUUUGUACACAGACGUGCAGAUGUUAGCUGGACUGAUUGAACAUUUUGAAUGUAUCGUACCUCUAGGAGGUCCAGAUGCAUUUAGUGUCCUAUGCAGUGGAGCAAGGCCCAGUGUGACGUUGUGACGGUUAUGUCGUAUUACGGUGGGGGUAGAAAUUUGUACACAGAAGUGCAGAUGUUAGCUGGAUGAUUAUCAUACAUGGUAUUAUGACCUGCCAGACAUGUAGAGAAUCAAGACCUGAGUACGAA